AUGAUUCACUUAUGCGGGGGUAUACUACGAGCAUUCAUUACUCAAGUUUUGUCUGACGUCUGUCCUCCGGCCAAUGAUCCAAACGCAGCGGAGCACCUGUUUAGUCAGUCGUUCCACCGCGCUCUCCAGUCCGGGUCGUUUGAUCCUCCCCGUUGGCCUUCCUCCUCAGUCCAGUCCGCUGGAGCUCUUAGCUUUGUUCAAAACCCGGAGGAUCAACCGUUGGUUCAUGCUUGUGCUCGACUAACAAUGACUCAGUAUGCGGAACACAUCAACACAGUGCGUCGGUUAUCGCGUCAGACGGUGGCAACUACUCCAAAUUCCAUGUCUCUUGCCGGUGCCUCGUAUUCCAAAUCCUCGGGGGCAUAUACCCAACCGUCUAUCACGCCAACAGAUUCACCAAUGUCACAACCUGCACCAUGA